AUGGAUCAGUGUGAGGACAGAGAGGAGGAAGUCCCUCCCUCUAAAACCACUCAAAGGAUCCAUCAGGAACUUAGCACUGAACCCAGCUUUGUGUCCUUAAAGAGUGAGUGGUGUGAAAGGUGCUCUAGUGGUUUUGAAAGACAAGAACUGUCUUCUGCAGAGAGAAAUAUGAUAAAAGAGAAGCAGAGGGAACCAUCGGCCAAAACAGCAUCAGCAGAUGCUCUUCAGAAUUGUCAGCCUAAACUUAAGUCCAAACUGAAGAAGAAGUUCCAGUGUGUGUUUGAGGGGAUCGCUAAAGCAGGAAACCCAACCCUUCUGAAUCAGAUCUACACAGAGCUCUACAUCACAAAGGGAGGGACUGCAGAGGUCAAUAAUGAACAUGAGGUCAGGCAGAUUGAAACAGCAAACAGGACACCAGACAAACCAGAAACAACAAUCAAACAAGAGGACAUCUUUAAAGACUCACUUGAAAAACAGGAACUAAUCAGAACAGUGCUGACAAAGGGAGUGGCUGGCAUUGGGAAAACAGUCUUAACACAGAAGUUCAGUCUUAACUGGGCUGAAGACAAAGCCAACCAGGACAUCCAGUUCAUAUUUCCAUUCACUUUUAGAGAGCUGAAUGUGCUAAAACAGAAAAAGUUCAGCUUGGUGGAACUUGUUCAUCACUUUUUUACUGAAACCAAAGAAGCAGGAAUCUGCAGGUUUGAAGACUUCCAGGUUAUGUUCAUCUUUGAUGGUCUGGAUGAGUGUCGCCCUCCCCUGGACUUCCACAACACUGAGAGUGUGACUGAUGUUACAGUGCCCACUGCAGUUAAUGUACUUCUCACAAACCUGAUCAGGGGGAAACUGCUUCCCUAUGCUCAUAUCUGGAUAACCACACGACCUGCAGCGGCUGAUCGGAUCCCCCCUGAGUAUGUUCACAGAGUGACAGAGGUCAGAGGGUUUACUGAUCCACAGAAGGAGGAGUACUUCAAGAAUAGAUUCAGAGAUGAGGAUCAGGCCAGCAAGAUCAUCUCCCACAUCAAGACAUCACGAAGCCUCCACAUCAUGUGCCACAUCCCAAUCUUCUCCUGGAUCACUGCUACAGUUUUGGAGGAUGUGCUGAAAACCAGAGAGGGAGGACAGCUGCCCAAGACCCUGACUGAGAUGUACAUCCACUUCCUCGUGGUUCAGGCCAAAGUGAAUAAGGCCAAGUAUGAUGGAGGAGCUGAGACAGACCCACACUGGAGUCCAGAGAGCAGGAACAUGAUUGAAUCUCUGGGAAAACUGGCUUUUGAUCAGCUGCAGAAAGGAAACCUGAUCUUCUAUGAAUCAGACCUGACAGAGUGUGGCAUUGAUGUCAGAGCAGCCUCAGUGUACUCAGGAGUGUUCACACAGAUCUUUAAAGAGGAGAGAGGACUGUACCAGGACAAGGUGUUCUGCUUCAUCCAUCUGAGUGUUCAGGAGUUUCUGGCUGCUCUUCAUGUCCAUCUGACCUUCAUCAAGUCUGGACUCAAUCUGCUGGAAGAACAACAAAUAAUCUUCAAGUCUCAAAUAACAGAAUCUGCAGAGCAACACUUCUACCAGAGUGCUGUUAAUGAGGCCUUACGGAGUCCUAAUGGACACCUGGACUUGUUGCUCCGUUUCCUCCUGGGAUUUUCACUGCAGCCCAAUCAGACUCUGCUACGAGGCCUGCUGAAACAGAAAGGAAAUAGCUUACAGACUAAUCAGGACACUGCACUGUACAUCAAGGAGAAAAUCAGUAAGAAUCUGUCUGCAGAGAAAAGCAUCAAUCUGUUCCACUGUCUGAAUGAACUGAAUGAUCAUUCUUUAGUGGAGGAGAUCCAACAGUCCCUGAGAUCAGGAAGUCUCUCCACAGAUAAACUUUCUCCUGCUCAGUGGUCAGCUCUGGUCUUCAUCUUACUGUCAUCAGAAAAAGAUCUGAAUGUGUUUGACCUGAAGAAAUACUCUGCUUCAGAGGAGGCUCUUCUGAGGCUGCUGCCAGUGGUCAAAGCCUCCAACAAAGCUCUAUUGAGCAGCUGUAACCUCUCAGGUAGAGUCUGUGAAGAUUUGUUGUCAGUUCUCAGCUCCCAGUCAUCUAGUCUGAGAGAGAUGGACCUGAGUACCAACAGCCUGACAGAUUCAGGAGUAAUAAACCUGUCUGCUGCAGUGGAUAGUCGACACUCUAAACUCGAAAUUCUCAGCCUGAGAGAAUUGGACCUGAGUAACUCUGACCUGCAGGAUUCAGGAGUGAAGCAUUUAUUUGUUGGACUGGAAAGUCCAAACUGUAAACUGGAAAUUCUCAGGCCGUCUAUCCUUCAAGCCCAGUCCUCUACCAGAGGCCUGGGAGCUUGUGGGUUCAACACAGACUUGCCUGACUCUCUGCAGGUACUUGUUGGUAGCAGCCUCUUCAUGGUUCCCAUUUGCCUGUGGGAUCCCCAGGAGCUGCGCCUAGAUGACGGCCGAUUCCAGCGAUACCACCGUAUGUCACCCGGCCAGUUUGAGGACCUGCUUUCCCGCGUCGGUCCCAGGAUCGCCCGCCGAGACACCAACUACAGGCGCUCAAUCCCACCUGCAGAGCGUCUGUCCAUCUGCCUGAGUCUGUCAGGCUGUCUGAUCACAGAGGAAGGCUGUAUUUCUCUGGCCUCAGGUCUGAGCUCCAACCCUUCCCAUCUGAGAGAGUUGGACCUGAGCUACAAUCAUCCAGGAGACUCAGGAAGGAAGCUGCUGUUGGCUGGACUGAAGGAUCCACGCUGGAGACUGGACACUCUCAG